AAAGCCCUUAUUCUUAUGUGGUGUUGUGUUCCUGAUACAGUCAGUGCUACAGUAAUAUGUUUAUCUGUGAGUCUGUGAAUUUGUUGAUCGUGUAUUCGCAUUUCGCCGUGUCACGUGUUGGACGCGUACAGCAAGCGGCAUUAUAUUCAACAAAUCUAUAGAUGGACGACUUUACAGAAACUUUGUUGAAAGAAUGGGGCUCGGAAUGGGGAAUUGAUGAUAAUACGAUAAAUAUUUUCAAAGAUGAAGAAAUUGAUAAAAAAGCAUUUUUAUCUUUAACCGAGGACAUGAUAAAGGAACUAAUUCCAAAAAUUGGAAAAAGAUCUAAAUUUGUUCAAAAGCUGAAAAAGUUUAAAGGGACAAGUCUAGAAUCAGCAUCAAAAGACUAUAUCAAGAAAAUACUUAAUAAUUAUACUGAUGGUAAUUUAGUUAUUAAGUAUUAUGAGUCAGUUGGCUCUCUAAACCAGUCAAUGAGGAAUACAUUAGCCUCAGUUAUUAUAAAGCAUGAAAUUCAGCACAACACAAAAAUUGACAAAAUUAAAUUUUUAUUUUUAUCAAACGGUAUUCACAAUUUGUUUUCUAAUGAAACUAAGGAAACUUAUUUCACACCUUAUUAUAAAGAAGGUCAUAAUGUAACACCUAUGAGAGGAAAAUUGUACGAUAAAUAUUGUAAUUUAAAAAAAGAAAUUAAGAAAACUAAUGAUCAAUCAGUUGAUAUACCCACAAACUCGGUCAGUGAUGAUAAUAGCAUAAACUUAAAAGAUUCAGAUUAUGAAGAUAAAUUAUUAUGGCUUAAAAAUAAUACAGAACCCAUCCAAACACUUCAAACAUUCUGGAUAGAAACUAUUGAAUACCGGCAAAAAAAAAAAGAAAAUUUAAUAGAACUCUAUCCUGGUCUUCAAAGACCUACAGGAUAUAUUUUGAUUGAACUUGAUUUCCAGCAUUUAUAUCCAAACAAAGAAUUUUGACUACUGAAUAAAAUUGAUGUUUUUAAAGUUCAACUCAUAAAAUACAUAGACAAAUUUAAUUUUCAAUUUGGAGUUCAACAUUUCAAUACUGUUAGAGAAUUAAAGAAUCCUUCAAAACCCGGUAACGACUAUGUAUCAAUUUUAAAAUUACUUCCUUUAUUGUUUCAACCAAUAACUAUAAGACUAAACAAUAAAAGAAAAAAAGAUUGCAUGCCAUCAGUUUGGAGAACAUCAAAAGUGGAGCAAGCUGCUGCUUUUAUAACAUUUAUACCUGAUGUUGGUGAAUUGAAAACAUUACACAACUCAAAAAUAGAAAAAGCUCUACAAUUUGGGUUGACAUUGCAACCGUAUGUAGUAAUUGUUGGACCUUUAUCAUUAAUUUGGUCCAUGCGUUUUGAGUCAAAGCAUAAACAAUUAAAAGAUACAGCUAAAUCUAUAACUUCCCGAAAAAAUUCACCUUAUACCUUAUCAUUAAAGCAUCAACUUAAUUUGUCGUAUAGAGUUUUGUCGUCAGUUAAUACAAUAAAUAUUAAGUUAGGACGUCGUACAUUACUUUCAGCAAAUACGCGGCUCAAAUACAGAAAUAUUAAAUUUAUAUGUUCGCCUUUUAAUAUUUUGGAUGAUAAGGUACAAUUUUUUUCAUGGAUUGAUUUUAAAGGUACCAUUUACAAUUGUAAUAAUAUGUCAGUUUUGAUUAAUUUUAGUGAUGACCCAAAUAUUUUACCUCUAUUUGGAUUAAUUUUAUCUGUAUUUAUAAUAACUUAUAAUAAUAUUCCUUUUUUAGUUUGUAGUAUUUAUAAUAAUAAUUAUUUUGAUGAACAUUUACAAGCGUAUAAUGUACAACUUACUAAUAAAUUAAUAUGUUGCUCAGUUGAAAAUUUGAAUUGUGUACAACCCACAAUUCAUUGUGUUAUGUCUAAUGGUGGUUUGUCUAAUAUUGAAUCCAACAAAGAUGGAAAUGAAUGUACAUUUAAUAAUAGUGAAGAAGAAGAUAACACUAUAAUUGAUGUUGACGAUGACGUACAAAGCCAAAAGGAUUUGAAUAAUAUAGAUACAACAGUAAAAAAUAUUUUUGACUCAAACAAAAGAACAUUGGACACAGACAAAAUGCCAGUAAAAAAUAAAAAAACCAAACAAAACGAUGAUUUAAUCGAAUUUCUGAAGAAAAGCAGCGACGAAAGAAAAGAAAUUUUAAAUAACAUUAAUAAUGACCGAGAAGAAGACCCAAUUGAUGCGUUUUUCAAGUCUAUGGCAUUGACUGUGAAACAGUUCUCUUCACAUUUCAAAAUUAAAGCCAAAAAAGUUUUUAAUAUCAUCACACAAUUAGAAAUAGAAAAUAAUAACAGUGAUUCAUUAACAAGACAGAAUCUACAUCGACCUGCAGUAGACUACACAUUUUCAUCUCCGAGUUCAAGUGUUCAAUCAUCACAGUCGGGCUUUUCAGUGUAUAAUCAUUCAACCACAUUCAUUUUACCAGAAGUUCAAGAUCCUAAAGUUUUAACCGAUGUUGUGCAAAAUUGGAAUCAGUUGGGAGGCCAAAUCCAACACCAACCACACUUAGAAUAA